AUGUACGUGGUGAACCUCUGCAACCUUCCCACGGCAAUGGCUCACGCUGUUCACCUUGCGAGCACCAUUCGUCUCCCUGGUUCUGCAGCGCCCAUUGCGGGUGACCUGAAUUCACACCAUGAGCUGCGGGACGGUCCUUCACCAUCCACGACGGCAGGAGAGAACCUCGCCGCCACCCCAAGCGGCAUGGAGAUUGAGCUUUCCGACGACCCGGCACAGGCAACGCGGAUCAGCGGCCGUCACGUCUUGUUUCCCGACGUGACUGCGCAAUGCGUACUGCGUGUCUCCCACUGGACGUCCACCAGUUUGGACUCGUAUCAACAUCUGUCAUCCCACACUGCGGGGACGGAGGACGGCAUCCCGCGACAGGCAGGCAUGCUGCCACGACGGAAACAUGCUGCCUUUGCUAUGUGUGCAGCUGACUGGAAUGAUUCCACCACGGCGUUUCACACGCCUCUGGCCACUGUGACCACAUGGUUGGAGAUGCACCGAAGCACCAUACAAGCGGCAAGGAGCGACAUCCCGUGCGGCAGCCGUGACAGCUCCACAGGAAUGUGGACGGACGGAAUGGAGCGUGCCGAGUCCACUGCAGCGGCGGCGUGCAACGCGCACACUGCCUCACCAGGAGGCAGCCUGCCCCGAGCUGAAGUUCUCCGCAAACGGGAGGACUGCAAUCAUGCCCUUCGCGGUGGUUUCUCCAUGCUGCUGAAGGUCCGUGCAAAGCAGCUUGGUGCCCUCUCGAGCCCAGGCCUGUGA